GUGUUUGAACCAUGCCGCUAUUAUAAGUGAAGGUGACGUAAAAUCAGAUGGUUCAACAAUUGGCGUGCUAUUUAGUUUGUCAAUCCUUCAAGCCUUAGCAAUGGACCGCCACAUAGGACGCAAUUUCCAAAUCCCAGCUGGAUCUGUAUUCGUUUUUGUCCUCAUAUCUACUGCUCUAUUCCUCGCCCUGUUCGAUAAAAUUGUUUUACCUACGUGGAAGAAUUUGACAGGCAAAUCACUUACGCCUCUCCAGAGAAUUGGGAUUGGACACGUGCUCAAUUUUGUGAGCAUGGUUGUCUCAGCCUUAGUCGAGUCAAAGAGACUAAAUGUAGCAAAAUCAAAUGAAGGUUCCAAUAUUGUGGCAAUGUCAGUUUUAUGGCUUGUGCCACAAUUAGCACUUAAUGGUAUCGCGGAGGCAUUUCAUUAUCCUGGACAAGUAUCAUUGUACUACCAAGAGUUCCCAAUAACCUUAAAGAACAUGGCGACUGCGAUGAUUUCCGUGAUUCUUGCUAUAUCAUUUUACUUGGCUACUGCUCUAAUUGAUGUUGUUAGAAAGACAAGUACAUGGUUACCAGGUAACAUAAAUAAUGGAAGGCUGGAUAAUGUGUACUGGAUAUUGGUUAUAGGGGGAGUAGUGAACUUUGGUUACUAUGUAACAUGUGCUUGGUAUUACAAGUAUCAAAACCUCAACGAAGUGGAUCAUAAUGAGACUCCUUCUGAUGAGUGA